AUACUUAACGUUCCAAAACGGCAAAAUAAACGACCGUUCUCAAAUCUACGAGCAGUAAUUUGUCUGCAGUCGUACGGAAAAAUGGCCGCGCACGUGGCGUGAGGGUCGUACGAGCGCGUGUCGUGUCGCUUGCGUCUGACUUUGUUUACGUGGGAAAAAUCUGACUUUUCACGAUGAUGCAAAGCUUACCUCGUUCCCUCAAAGUGAUGUCACGAUGCAAGACACGAAGGUUUCUAAAUAAGUACUUUCACCAGUCGUGUCGACUGUCAAACGCUAGCGCAAGCACACCGAUUUCGUUAGACAUGAAGAGGGCGAUAGAAAAAAGCUGGUGUGAUAAAAUUAAUCUUUGCAAACCCAGUGUUAAGGAUAAUCCCAAAAAUACAUUUUACGUCCUGUCUAUGUUUCCAUAUCCGUCGGGUGCCUUGCACAUGGGUCACGUUCGGGUUUAUACAAUAAGCGACACUAUAGCUCGAUUUUAUAGAUUGAAUGGUAAAAGUGUAAUCCAUCCGAUGGGUUGGGACGCCUUUGGACUGCCAGCGGAAAAUGCUGCUAUUGAGAGAAAAAUCAGUCCUGUCGUAUGGACAAAUGAAAAUGUAGAGAUGAUGCGUAAUCAAUUAAAGAUGCUAAAUUAUUCCUUCGAUUGGGACAGAGAAUUUGCAACUUGUGAUCCUGAUUAUUACAAGUGGACCCAAGAAUUAUUUCUAAAGUUGUUUGACAAAGGUUUGGCCUAUCAAAAGGAAGCCUAUGUUAAUUGGGAUCCUGUCGAUCAGACUGUACUAGCCGAGGAACAGAUAAAUGCAAAUCAGCGAUCUUGGAGAUCUGGUGCGCUCGUAGAGAAAAAAUUGUUGAAACAGUGGUUUAUUAGAACAACGGCUUUCGCAAAAUCAUUGCUGGAGGGUUUAGACGAUCCAACCUUGAAGGAAUGGAAGGAUAUUAUAAAAUUGCAAAAACACUGGAUAGGUGAUUGCAAUGGCAUUAGUAUCGAUUUUAAAUUAGUAUCCGAAAUUCCGGAGUUCCCAGGGACGUUAAACAUAUGGACUGACAUGCCAGAAUUCAUAGAGUACGCAAAAUUCGUUGCUAUAUCCCCUCAAAGUGUAUUACAUCGUAAAGAACACACGUUUGAAAUAGACGCCGGGAUCAAGAGUCUAAACGCGAAAAUAAUAAAUCCAUUUUCCGGCGAGGAAUUGCCGAUUUUUAUCACUGACAAAGUCGUUUAUCCACCGUGGAGAGACGUCCGCUUGGGUAUACCUUCGGCGUCGAUGGACGAUUUAAAGUUCUCGGAGUUGGUCGGAAUACCAUUUACCCGGCAUUCGAUACGUAGCUACGAACAGCAGCAGCAGAAGAUAACCGAAGUAUUUCGAAAAGCUAGAGAAUGGAAAAUAGGCGGAUAUCCAGUGAGCUCGAGACUGCAGGAUUGGUUGAUCUCUAGGCAGAGGUAUUGGGGCACACCUAUACCUAUUAUUCAUUGUACAAAUUGUGGCGCGCAACCCGUGCCUCGCGAUCAACUUCCUGUGACAUUGCUGAAGUCGACGCACUCGGGCUCGAAUACAAAGCCCUCGACCCGCGAUGUGAAGGAUUGGAUGCAGACGGAAUGUCCCAAGUGUGGAGGAACGGCCACUAGGGAGGUCGAUACGAUGGACACGUUUGUAGAUAGCAGCUGGUACUUUCUAAGAUUCAUCGAUUCCAAAAAUAAAAACGAGAUGUUUUCGGUGGAAAAAGUCCAGAGAACUUUUCCCGUGGAUCUCUACAUAGGUGGAAAGGAACACGCCGUGCUUCAUUUAUACUUUGCCCGGUUUAUGAGUCAUUUUCUGCACUCGGAAGGUCUUCUGCCGUGCCGAGAACCAUUUAGACAGCUCCUCGUGCAAGGAGUGGUAAUGGGUAAAACGUAUAAAGUUGUAAGCACUGGCAAGUACGUACCAGAAAACGAGGUGGUGACGGAAGGGAAUCAAUACAAGACGAAGUCCGGCGAGCUCGUCUCUAUGCACUGGGAAAAAAUGUCGAAAUCGAAGCACAACGGAAUCGAUCCUCUCAAUCUGUUGAUAAAAUAUGGGAUAGAUACGACGAGAUUAUUAAUACUUGCCGACGUUGCACCAACGUCCACUAGAAAUUGGUCGGAGGACACUGUUAAAGGUAUAAAAAAUUGGCAAGACCGUCUUUGGACCACUGUUAGACAAUUUAAAACUGAACGCGAUAAAAUGUCCCUGGAGGAACUCGAAAGCAAAUCUACCGAUUCUAAAUACGCCGAACACGAUGCGUACAUGUUCGACAGCCGAAAUUAUUUUCUCAAAAACGUGACGUUUAACAUCGUAGAAUCGCAGCAACUUAGCGUAGCAAUAUCUCGAAUGCAAGGUCUUACAAAUAGCUUACGAAAAGUUGGCAUAGAGUGUCUGAGGAAAAGUCGCGAGUACGAACGUGCCUUAGCUGUUCAAAUUAUAAUGCUCGCUCCAUUCGCUCCACAUUUUGCUUCUGAAUUAUGGUCUAUCUUUUGUUCUGCGAAGCAUCAUCUUAUAGAUAAUGCAGAAGUUGACUUGGACAAAGCUCUGUUUGAACAGAAAUGGCCAGAUAUUGACAUGGACUAUAAUCUUGCAAUGAACGUUUACAUAAAUAAAAGAGAGUUCCUUAAAAUGAAGAUUCCUCGAUGUAAGUUGGACGAAAUGACGGCGGACACGGCGUUGGAAUACGUGAUUCUCGAUUCGUAUUAUCAGAAGUAUUCGUACAAUACAAAUGUCGUAGCAGUCAAUUUUGAAUCAAGGAAAGGCUGUGAUGCAUCGUUGUACAUAACCAUGGAAAAACAGAAAGAGGAUUAGAUAAGAGACGGGCAUUAUGCUAUUUUGUACAUAAGGUAUUAAAAGAAAUUACGUUAUACUCAUCAA